AUGGGCAAGGAUGUACAAGGAAUAGAAAGAGGGAAAUGCGCUUGUGGUGAAUGCGAGGAUUUCAUGAGGUCAGAUGGAGAAACUUGUGGCUAUUGUAGCUGUUUGCCAUCUCGCCAUUCUAAAAAGGAUGCCAGCUACUUCUCUGACUCUGCUGGAGGCACAUCGGGUGCGGGAAUAAGUGAAAGUGCAAGUCCAGAGAAGUGGAAAGAUGAAGACCUGGGGUGGUUCCCGAACCCAAAGGGCGAAUAUACUGAAUUCUCAAAUAAAGUAUUGGCGUCAACAAGAGCACCGUAUUUCAUCAAGGAGCCCACAGACACGUAUGUACAGCGGGGUAAGUCCGCUGUAUUGGACUGUCUAGUAGGCGGAAGCCUCAAGGCCGCUAUAACAUGGAGGAAAAAUGGUAUUGCACUGCGGGAUUUAUCGCAAGAUGACCGAAGAAUGAUAAAGCCGGACGGAUCUUUGUAUUUUUCCAAAGUUAAUCAUGACACGGCUGAAAAUUCAGACGAAGGAGCCUACCAGUGCGAGGCGUUAACGCGUAAUGACAUGAAUCUGGAUUUUCAGAUUUUGAGCAGAACGGCUCGUCUCCUCGUUGCUGAAAUUUCAUCCAAGGUGGCUGUUACUCCAUCCAAGUUAAAAGUUUCAUUUGGAGACACAUCAAGGUUUCAUUGCUACGUGAAUGAUUCAACACCAAAAGCUGUUGUUAGGUGGAGAAAACUUGGAGAAAAUCACUUCAUUGAGUCUAAAGGACGUUUCACCAUAACUUUUGAUGGAGCCUUACAGAUCGCCGAGAGCAGAUUUGAUGACCAAGGAGACUAUGAAUGUACUGCAGAAAAUACUGUGACUGAAACAAGUCACACGAGCACUCUCACAGCGUCGCUUGAAGUCAUAACAGAUAGUGGGUUUCCUCGCGGUCCAUAUGUGUCCGUCGCGUCUGUCGAGAGAAAAGACAUCGCUGGUGAUAUUGUCAUAUUCGAUUGCAUUGCAAAUGGAUUUCCUAAACCAAAAGUCACAUGGCUAUUCGAUGGGUUACCUGUAGUGCUCGGAAGUGGUUAUUCUGUUGUUGGGCAGAACAACCUUAUGAUUGAAUCAGUAACUGAGGAACACGCGGGGACAUACACCUGUCGUGCAAUUUCACGAAACGGCAUCGGAGAAGCUACAACUAAGCUAGAAGUACAUCAUCCCCCUUUAUUCAUCAAGAAACCAGAUAAUGUCCAUGCUUACGUCGAUUCCAAUGCAUUGUUUGAAUGCUUUGCUGACGGAAUACCCAAACCAGUUAUCACAUGGAGCCGAAAUGGGGACGUGAUUGAGGAAUCUCUUUACAACAUCAUCGGAGAUGGAUACUUGCUAGUCAAGAGGCUUGUGUUGUCCGACAUGGGACCCUAUCAGUGCUUUGCAGAAAACCACUUGGGAAAAAUUCAGGCCACAGCAGAACUCAACGUUUACAUGAAAGGCCAACCGCUUCCAUCAUUACAAACCACAACUGCUCCGAAUACAGAGAGAGCAGAGAAACCCAUAUCAGCAUCUGUUUCAGAUACGAAGACAGCGCAGAAUACCGCAUCGGCAUCGUACACCACAGUUGAGCCAGAGACGACAGUAGCCUCAGAGAGCUCAACGAAUUUAAGUAUGACAACAACUUCAGUGGCAACAGUAGUCCCAGUUACCGAGUCAAUCUCAGAUAUUUCAACAGCCCAGGUUACUACUGCAGCACCAGAUUCUACUCCAACUACAGAUAGUACAGUUGACGUGCACAGCUCAGCUGUGUCAGAUCCUACAGUGACCUCAGAUACUACAAAAUUUUCAGUUAUGACAGAUGCGUUACAAGGAUCAUCGGCAGUGCCAUACACCCCGUCUGCCAUGUCAACCAUUGCAAGUUUUGGAACAAGCCCAUAUCCCGUGAAGACAGCAACAAAUAAGAUUGCGACAAAUCAAGACACAACAUCAAUUCCAAACUCGACAGCAUCCUCAGCUGAACCCAAGACCUUACCUUCAAUGGAGACCCUGGAUACUACAGUAGCAAAACCAGAUCUCAUUACACUAAUCCAUGGUACCUCUGGAACCCCGGCUUCCACGAGAGUUGCGGAUUCCAUACCAGAGACCACAGAUGCCUCAAAACAUCCGUAUUCUACAGCCGCGAAAGAUACUGCAUCAACAGUAGAAGCCACAAAUACUGAGACUGUGACUGUGGCAAACCAAUUCACCACAGCAAUACGAGAAGUCAUAACAACAUCGGACGCUAGGCAACUUUCGCACCCCCCAACUCGAGAAAUCACUGCUUUCCCAAAGGCAACCUCAGACUUUACAACGGAACCAGAACCAGACGUUACAGCUCCUCCGGUUAUAACAACAACACCAGAUGUCCAGCACCGAGAUGAACUGCAACCUAUUGUCAAAGAAAAAACCGUAAGAGAAGGCUCGAUAAAAGUCAUCAAAUGCAUAGCAACAGCAAUCCACAAACCUGACGUAGACUGGUACAGAAAUGGCAAGAAGUUGCCCACAAUGAAGUGUUCCGAGUUAAAUGACGUCAGAUGCCAGGGAAUUCCGUAUGAAGUUUAUGAAGAAAUUAAAGAACACAAGUUUGGAGGAAAGAGCGCUAGGACUAUAAAAGUUCUUAAAAUACGAAGUGCAUUAUACUCGAGAGAUCAAGGAGAAUUUGAAUGUAUUGCAACAAACGGUCACGCCCAACCUGCAAAAUUAAUCAUUGAUCUGAACGUCCUAGCUCCCCCCCGAUUAAUACAAAAGCCCGACAAGGUGCUCAGUAGUAGCGGCAAAGGGUCGAAAGUGUCUUGUGUGGUGAACAAAGGCAAUCCUCUGCCAACAUUCAAGUGGGAAUACCAAAACACGGAUUGUUUCACUUUCAACACGAGCUCUUGUGACCCAGUUGAAAGUCAGUGGAUGCCAGUCCCUGAGAGUCUAAUAAUGACUCCUCCAAACACACCGACAAAGAAGAGUGUGGUAAACGUUCAAGGCAAUCAGCCAACUGCGAGCUUCAGGUGUCUGGCGUCUAAUAAACUAGGAAGGGAUUUUCAUGUCAUCAAACUUGUUCGAAGUGUACCCUUGGCUUUUGUUAAGAAACCACAGAAUAUCUUAAAGGGAUACCUGGGCCAAAAGAUACUUAUAAAUUGCUCCACCAAUGACCAAGAUGCUACAGUGUCCCUUCUUUACAGGCGCCAUCCAUUUGUGGCCUUUUCUACAAAUGAUCAGGAGGCAACAGUAUCUCUCCUAUACAAACAUCAUCCGCUUGCUUCCUUCCAUGAGCUGGACCUUAAACAAAACAAACUAUCGAGGAAAGGAAACGUUUUUACUUUACUAAAUGUUGAACGCAGAGAUGCUGGAAUAUAUUCCUGCCAGGCGAGUAAUCGGGGUGGUUGGAACAUUCGAUGGCCACCUGGUAGAGGAUAUUUGAUUCCUAUUCGAGGUGGAUUACCAAAUCAUUUCGUUUUGAGGCCUAAAACACCGCUCACUGUACGACAAGGGCAGCAAAUAACUAUUACUUGUGAAUCAGAAGGUAUCUCAGAGACCAAACUACACUGGAUGAAACAAACCAAAACAGGAGAUGUUUCUGUCCCAAGUAACCUUGUCACUGUUGAUAAGGACAGAUCCACAAAUAAAGUUAGAGCCUUCCUUAAGAUUUCAAAUGUUCAGGCAGAAGAUGCUGGUGUUUACAAAUGCGUGUUAAGGGUCUUUGACAAGACAGAUCACAAGAUGAUUUCAUUGUAUGUUAGAGAACCAUUAUCUUUCCUCGUUAAACCAGACGUGAUUUUGCACGGAUACCAGGCCCAUAGUUUGACAUUAAACUGUUCCACUAACGACCGAAAUGCUACAGUAUCACUCUAUCACAGACACCAUCCCCUGGCACCUUUCAGGGAGCGAAAAAUCGACGCAAAGAAGGUUUUGUUAAAGGGUCAAGUAUUUACACUUCUAAAUUUAAGUCUAAAAGAUCAGGGAACAUACGCCUGUGAGGCCAAAACUGAGGAGAAUGAGAGCAUACGCUGGCCAUCUACAAGAGGUUACCUAAUCGUGAGCCAAGCUCGAAUCCCCGACUACUUUGAAUUGAAACCAGCCAAUCCGAUCAUAGUGCCGAAAGGUGGAAGUACAAUUGUCACAUGCGAAUCAGAAGGAGUGUCAGAGAUUCAGCUUCAGUGGAAGAAAGGAGAUGUCAGUAAUGGUAACGCGUCAAUCCAGGACAGAAUGGUUAGUAUUGUGAAAGACUGGUCCACCAACCGAGUGCAAGCUAUCCUCAGGAUUACGAACGCUCAAAUGGAGGACAGUGGAGUCUACCAGUGUGUGCUAAGGGUAUUUGAAAAGACGAGCAUGAAAUCUGUUGAGAUCACGGGACAUAUGGACUUAAGCUUAAAGAAUAUCUCGACGCUCAAGACAUCUGUACGAAUAACAAUAUUCACGCCCACUCUAGAAACGUGA